AUGAUUAAAAAAGAAAACAAAUUUGAAGAACUCUUAAAAAAUGGUAGUACCUCUAUACUGAUCAAAGUUCUCGGUGCAUUAGCUAAGAUUAUUUUCCUUAUCUAUGAUGUUAUCAGCUUUAUUCCGUACAAAAUUUUUGCUGAUCCAACAGUAAAACUACAGAAAUCGUCAAAAAUUAAGGCAGCACCAAUAGUAAAAGGAGAUAACACGUCACCGUGGAGAAAUGUUACAGCAAUCGGUAGCGGUCUUGAAGAAAAGCUUUUGGGAUGUUCAACAAUCAAAGAGGCCUGGGAUAAAGCUGUGCACUUGUACGGUGAUCGUCAAUGCUUUGGAACUCGUGAAAUUCUUGCCGUAACAGAAGAAAAACAAAAAAAUGGCAGAAUUUUUGAAAAGCUUGAACUUGGAUCUUAUCAUUGGCAUACUUUCUCUGAGGCUAAUGAUAUGAUUUUGGGACUGUCUAAAGGGCUAAGAGACAUCGGUGUUCGAAAGAAUGAUAGAGCGGUGAUUUACUCAGAAACCCGUGAAGAAUGGAUGAUUUCGGCUAUGGCUUGCUUUCGAAGCGGCUUACCACGUAUGUUAUACAGCUUAUCUUGCUUGCACUGGUGUUGUAAAUGGUUGGUAAUCCUUCAUAACCAAAAGAUUUCAGUUGCCACUGUGUACGCAAGUUUGGGUAUCGAUGCUGUUGCUCAUUCAAUCCGAGAAUGUGAAGCUACCACUGUGUUCACCACUGCACUGCUCUUGCCGAAGAUAGCUGGCAUCAUCAAGAACUGCCAAACUGUAAAGUAUAUUAUAUGCUUCCCAGAUCAUAAACCCAAUUUUGAAUUAAAAAUACCAACUGAGUUAUCCAAGUCCAACAUUCGAGUACUGCUUUUUGAAGAUAUACUUCGAAUUGGAGACGAAACAGAUGAAGAGUUGAAAACUGAAGUUGAUCCUGACGAUAUUGCCAUGAUUAUGUAUACUAGCGGUACUACGGGGAAUCCAAAAGGCGUUGUAAUGCUUCACAAAAAUUUGGUUGCUGCAACAGGUGGUCAGCGAUCAAGCUUUCCGUUGAGUGAAAAUGAUGUAUAUAUUGGCUAUCUACCGCUUGCACAUAUCCUUGAAGUUUGUGCAGAACUUGUUGUUUUGUCAUAUGGAGCAAAAAUUGGAUACUCGGCGCCAACAACAUUGUUUGAUUCGGCAUCCAGAUUAAAAAAAGGGCAACGUGGCGAUUGUUCGGUAUUAAAACCAACGCUGUUGGCGUGUAUACCAGCAAUUAUGGAUAGGAUUUUUAAAGCUGUCACUGAUAAAGUGGCCGGUAGUUCACCGUUGAAACGAGAACUAUUUAGAAUCAGUUAUGAAAGAAAACGAGCUCGUUAUGAAGAGGGCUAUACUAGUUCCUUGUUAAAUGGUCUGGUAUUCAAUAAUAUCCGCAAGAUGUUGGGAGGCCGACUUCGUUUCAUUGCCAGUGGUGGGGCUCCAUUGAACCCAGAAACCCAACGCUUCAUGAACAUCUGCUUUUGUUGUCCGGUACUUCAAGGUUACGGUCUAACGGAAACAUGUGGAGGGGGAACACUUGGCAGUGAAGACGAUCUUAGUACGGGAACUGUAGGAGCCCCAUUGACUUGCUGUGAUAUUCUUUUGCGAGAAUGGGAGGAAGGCGGUUAUUCACCAAAGAACAAAGUACCGCAAGGAGAGAUUCUGAUUGGCGGUGAAAAUGUUGCGUUGGGGUAUUUGAACAAUGAGGAAAAAACCCGUGAAGUUUUUCAUGAAAUUGAUGGCAAACGUUAUUUUACUACUGGGGAUAUUGGAGAAUUUCGUGAAGACGGAUCUUUGUGCAUCAUUGAUCGGAAAAAAGAUUUAUUAAAACUCUCACAUGGUGAAUAUGUAUCACUUGGAAAAGUUGAAUCAACCUUGUCUGCUAAUCCGAUUGUGGAUACUAUUUGCAUUUGUGGAGAUUCAACUAAGGAUUACGUUGUCGCAUUGAUUGUACCAAAGAAGGAUCAUUUGAUAAAAAUUGCUGAAGAGGCUGAUAUUUCGACAACGGAUUUUGAAACGCUGUGUAGAACAAAAGAGAUCAAAGAUAAAGUCCUGUCAGACAUCCAAAAUUACGGCAAAGCAAAACUGCAUAAAGCUGAAAUCCCAUAUGAUUUAUGGUUAUGCUCUGAGCCCUGGACACCGGAUUCCGGUCUGUUAACUGAAGCACUGAAGCUGAAGAGGAAAAAUAUUGAACGAAAGUAUAAAGACCAAAUUGCUGCAAUGUACAACAGUUAG